AAGCAUUAUGAGCGGUAAAUUUCCAACUAACAUAAACCCUAAAUAUAUUCCAUACACUAAAUUACACGACGGUGUUCUUUCCUGUGAUGUCCCAGUCGAAUUGAACUUGGCCAACACUUUCAAAGGUAAGAAGGUUGUGGUUACUGCUGUUCCAGGUGCUUUCACUCCAACCUGUACUGAACAACAUAUUCCAGACUACUUAAAGAAUUUGGCUGAAUUCAAGAAGAAGGGAAUUGACAAGAUUGUUGUCUUGAGUGCCAAUGAUCCAUUUGUUAUGGCUGCCUGGGGUAAGGCUUUAGGUUACCGUGAUGAAGAAAACUACAUUGUGUUUGCCACUGAUCCAAAUGCCACUAUUUCCAAGCAAUUGGGUGACAAUUAUGUUGCUGACUUAUCUGCCGUUGGUUUCGGGUUAAGAUUGCAAAGAUACGCUGCUCUUGUUGAAGAUGGCGAAAUUAAGUACUUGGGUAAUGAAGAUGAAUUGGGAUUCACUGAAAUCUCCAGUGCUAAGAACUUGUUAGAUCAAAUUUAAAUAGUGCUUUAAUGAACAUGUGUAAUGUGUAUAAUGUCCAUGUCGCAAACUUUGU